CUGCUCUGUCUCUUUUUCUCCCCUGCAGCCGGAAAUGAGCACAGCCAUCACCGACGCCUCCACCUGAGAAAUUGAAAAUUUCCCAGAUCUGCUGUCUUCUUCCUCCCCUGCCGCCGAUUGCUGCUGGGUGUGAGCUUCGGUUUUCCUGUCCCCGCGAAAGCCUCCAAUUUUUUCGCCAGCUCUUCCCCAUACCCGCUAGCUCCAGCCUUGCUUGCUAAGGAUUUCUGAUGGCCCCAAAACGGCGUGGGCGCCCAAGGGGUGGUCGUAAGGAUCAGGGCACUCCUCCGAUCCCAGAUGCUAGUCCCCUUGCCCAAGCUGUUCUGCAGGAGGGAGGGACGAGUAAUCCUCAGAUAGCCACUUUUGUUCAGAAACUUAUGGCAGAGAUAAGACGCCAAGCAUCUCCUACCACAAGUGUGCCACCUCCAUCCCCAGUGGUUUCCACUCCUACGGUCCCUGCUCCAAUUUCCCCUGUUCCUAUUUCUUCUGCUCCUACGGUGUCUAGCUGGAAGGUCUAUACAGAAUUCCAAAAGGUGGUGACCAAGAGAUUCAAUGGUACCGCAGGUUUUGAGCAGGUGGGGUCGUGGAUUACCAAGCUGGAGCGGGGAUUCCACCUACUGAAGAUUGUUGACGACCUUAAGGUCGAUGUAGGCAGUUAUAUGCUUACUGGUGAAGCAUUAACUUGGUGGGAGAAUUAUCUGAAGCUACAUCAAGGAGAGCCUGAAUUGAGCACCUGGGAUGGCUUUAAAAAGGUGUUCAUGCAAGAGAACAUACCAGAUAGCAAAAGGCGAGAACUGCAAAGGGAAUUUGCAGAUCUAAAGCAAGGGUCAAGUACUGUUGAGCAGUACAAGAAGGAGUUUGACCGCUAUCUGCCUUUUGUGGGUAGUCAAGUUGAGGAUGAGCCAGCCAAGGCUGAUAAAUUUUUAUGGGGCUUGAAUCUUGAUAUUUAUCUGGCGGUGAAUCAAUUUAAACCUGUCACUUAUCGAGAGGCAGUGAACAGAGCCAUAGAUCAGGAGAAGGCUAUGGCUAGAGUCAAGUCCUCAGGACAGCAUAGUGCUAGGUCAUCCCUUGGGAAGAGAAAAUUUGAUGGGAGCUAUAGGUCCCUUGUCCUUGCACCGCCUAAGUCUGAGAUCAACAAGGGUUAUAAAGGGCUAGGAGCCACCAAGAUUGUGAGCCAGGCAUCAAUGGCCCAACAUGCUCGUCUUACUCAGCUUACUUGCCACGUUUGUGGGAAGGUUGGGCACACCCGGGAUCAGUGCCACACUGUUACUGGGGCUUGUUUCAAAUGUGGCAAGCAGGGACAUCAAAUUGCAAAUUGUCCACUACUAGACCCCAAAGCUCAAAGUACUCAACCUACCUCUCCGCAGAGUUCUACUAGUCAGGGGGCACAGAAACAGAGUACCGGGGUUAGGACAAGAGCCCAGCAAGCGAGAGUGCAAGUGAUGACUCACAAGGAAGCUGCGGCUACCGACGUAAUCACGGGUACCUUGCCUGUUAACUCUGAUUAUGCACAUGUUUUAUUUGAUUCGGGUGCCUAAUAAGUGAGAGACUAAAAGUGUCAUAGUAUAAGUUCACUUUUGAAGCUUUUCAACUGGACUGUUUUAGAUUGGCUCAAAAAAAUCUGGACUGUUUUAGAUUGGCCCAAAAAAAUCUGGACUGUCUGGCCCAAAAAAAUCUGAACUGUUUUAGAUUGGCCCAAAAAAAUCUGGACUGUUUUAAAUGGUUAUGGGCUAAGGGUUGUAGCCCAUGGGUUGUAUACUUAUUUGGGUCUUUUUGGUCUUUGAUAUUUUAAGGGCAAUCCUACAAGUAAAAUGUCACCUAUUUU